AUGGCCUCAGUUUUCUUUCUAUAUGCAGCCACUGUGUGUGCUUUACUAUUUAAGACUCAAGCAAUCUUAGAUCCCUGCCAGAACUUCACGUGCCUCAACGGCGGCUCCUGUACGGCUCCGGCUGAUGCUCCAAGCUGUAUCUGCAAGCCCGGCUUCUUUGGUAGUAAAUGUGAAUACAACCGUGAUCCCUGCUACAACUUUAACUGCACCAACGGAGGGUACUGCACCGCUCCAGCCGACGCCCCUUACUGCGUGUGUCCAUCCGGGUACACUGGCACCAAAUGUGAGACACAAGUACCCACAACAAAUGGCGCUGUGUGUCCUAAUGGUUGCCCUAAGGGUUACAGCUGUGAGUUUAAAUCACCCCCGUGUAAACCUGGAUCUGCUUGUUUAGAGAUAAUGGUUCCUACUUGUGUUCCUCCUAAAGACCCCUGCAGUGGAUGUCUACCUGACCAAGAGUGUGUCGACACUAAAACCCGAUGCAUCACCAACCCCUGCCAAUCUUUCAAAUGUGUCACAAAAACCACGCAGAAACCACAAGCCGUCUGCAACCUGUUCUGCGUUAAAGGCUACACAUGUGUAGUUCGGGUCCCAAAAUGCGACCGAUCCAGCACGGCGGUGUGUAGCACGACCCCUGUAGCCCAGUGUGUCCCUGUGCUGGAUAGCUGCCCCAAGCCAGGUCAAAUCCUUGACCCCAGCUCACGUGCCUGUCGUAGAGUGGUGUCCAGCUGUCAGACAGAUGCUGACUGUGACCCACAGAGCCAGAGGUGUUGUCCCAACAGGUGUAACAAACUCACCUGUACCACUGUACCCAAACUUCAAUAAAUAGUUUGGUACACGAAUGCCAAACUCGUUUUGUGUACAGAAGUAUUCAACUGUACACAAGUACCCAGAUUCUAAACGAAUACAAUUGUAACCUUACUUUUAAGAAGUGCCCAGACUUUAGUAUACGCAGGUGAAAAAAAGAAUGUAUGCACGUAAAUGUAGAAAGUACCAAAAAAUGUUCCUAAAACUUAAAAAACGAUGAAGACAACGAUUAUUUCUUCACUCG